UCUUCUGGCACAAAUACGUUCUUCAGUGCAAUGAGUGCAGUCUCAGAUUUAUCAUCUGCAAGGGGAAAAGUGUAAAAUACACGCCGCCCUUCUGUUCCAAGGCAGUGGAUUAGCAGAGCUCGCUUGCUUUCUUCAGAAAUCUCUAUUGCACCGAUUGCAAGCGGAUAAGUCUCAAACGUAUGGAGCCAGGCAGUACAAGCAAUUGGACGCUCGGCUUUGCAGAAAGGGUGCGGGUGGGUCCAAUCAGCCUGGCCCAUCUCCUCCCCGUCCUUCCUGUUUCCUGUGCUUCCAGACCCCCACAGCCAGUGCUCCCAGUUAUAUCAUUACAAGCGGUAUCUAAAACACCAGACUUCCUCUGCUCGGCCGAGCUCCCGGCUCCCCGCCCGGCACCACCGGCUCAGCAUGGAGCUAACUCUGCUCCUGCCUCUGCUGGGUCUCCUACCAGCCCCCAGUUUAACUCCGGACCAUCCGUACACAGUGUAUCUCCCAGGGGAGAGGGUUAAACUCUGGUGCAAAGUUCCUAAGGAAGGGAAGUCUUCAGAAUGCAGAUUCUUCUACGGAAAAGGGCACCAGGGCCCCAGCACUGUCUUACAGUCUCAUUCAAGUUCCCUGCUGGAGUUCAUGGCUGAGAAGGGACGUGCUGGGACCUACACCUGUGCGUACUCGACACAGGGAUCCAAUCAACGAAUCUCUGAGAACAGCAGCUCCGUCCCCAUCUCCAUAGCAGCCGCCCAGCUCACCGUGUCCCCGCCACAGCCUGUCUACAUGGCAGGGGAAGCCAUGACCCUGACGUGCUCAGCUGCCGGGGUGCCCAGCCUGGCUGGGAUCUGUUUCUACAGGGGUGGAGAGAAAAAUCAACCCCAGGAAAUCCCGUCAAUCCGCAACGGCUCUACGGCCUCCAUCCAGCUGUCGAGUGUGGCCAUGUCGAACGCAGGCGUGUACAGCUGUGAAUACUGGCGCAGUGUGAAUGGGAGAGAGUUCGUAUCGGAGAGAAGCCAAAACAUCCCCAGAGCAGUAACAGCUCGGCUCCCGACCCCACAGCUCGGUGUGUUCCCACAGCAGCUGGGCUAUGUUGCUGGAGAAUCGAUCACCCUGACGUGCUCAGCCGCGGGGGCGCCCAACGACUCCAUGAUCCGCUUCUACAAGGACGACCAGACACUGCUCCCCGAGGAACUCUGCCUCCGCCUGCACCAGGCCACCGCCUCCGUUCGGCUGUCGGCGCCGCCGCAAACCAGCACCUACACCUGUGGGUGCUGGAGAGUAGAGUCCGGGCGAGAGAUCGAAUCGGAGAGGAGCCGACCCAUUUCCAUAGCAGUGACGGGUUCCUCUUCCAAGCUGGCACCGAGUGGGGAUCCCCCGUCUGGACCUGUGAGCAAAGGGCCCCCCCUGCUCCUCACCUGCACGGCCCCCGGGGACACCGGCGAGCGGAGGUUUCACUUCUACAAAGACGGACUUGAGAUAGUCCCCAGGGGCGCAGGGUCUGAGAUCGACGCAGGGGAGCCCAGCUCUGGCUCUGUGAACGUCCCUGUGACCCGCGUCCUCAAGGCCGGUCCCAGCAAUAUGGGCGACUUCACCUGUGGGUAUGAGAAGAAUGUGAGCGGGAGGUGGGUCCCGUCCCCCAGGAGCCAGUCUGUGAACAUCCCCAUGAGUGAGCCCAGGACAG